UCCCCCCUCCCCCGGCUUCGCUCCUCGCUCCUCUUUCUUCAACGACCAAAACUUUUGACUUCCUCAAGAAGCCGCACCUCCUCCUCCUCCUCCUCCAUUAAUGGCGACGGAGGAGCCACUGCCGCCGCCGCCGCUUUCGCAGCUCCAUGGCGUGGUCAUCAUCUCCCUCCCUCCCCCCGAUGACCCCUCCAAGGGCAAGACCAUCACGGCGUUCACCCUCUCCGACUCCGCCCCCCUCCACCACCCUCCUCCUUCGCCGCCGCAGCAGCAGCCCUCUCGAUCGCCUCCGUCGCCGGAGCGCCGCCGCGUCCUCUCGUCCUCCGCGAGGAAGGCGCUCGCCUCCGUCCUCGGCGCAUCCUUCCUCGUCUUCUCCCUAGGGCUCUGCCUCUUCUCCGAGGCGCCGCUCGAGCUCCUCGGGAGCGGCUCCGAGGAGGAAGGGAGGGCGCGCGACGAGGCGCGAUCGUUCUUGCUCCCGCUGUACCCGAAAACGCGGGGGAGGGUUCUGAGGGAGGUGGGGGAUAUCAAGCUCGCGGCGACGAGAGAUGAGGAUGGGAUGGAGGGGGUGAGAUUGGCGAAGCAGGGGAGCAAGAUGACGGUGUCUCCUUCUUCUUCUUCUUUUUCUUCUUCGUCGUCGUCGUCUUCUUCGGUGAAUUCGACCGUUGCGCUCCCGAUCCAAGGGAAUGUGUUCCCCGAUGGACAAUAUUACACUUCCAUUUUUGUUGGGAAUCCUCCAAGACCUUAUUUCCUUGAUGUGGAUACUGGGAGUGACUUGACUUGGAUCCAAUGUGAUGCUCCAUGUGCCAGCUGUGCCAAGGGACCACAUCCAUUAUAUAAGCCUGCCAAGGGAAAGAUAGUCCCGCCUAGGGACUUACUGUGUCAGGAACUGCAAGGUAAUCAGAAAUCUUGCGAGUCUUGCCUACAAUGUGAUUAUGAGAUAGAGUAUGCAGAUAGGAGUUCCUCGAUGGGUGUUCUUGCAAGGGAUGAAAUGCAUCUGAUUGCUACGAAUGGUGACAGAGAAAAGCUAAGCUUUGUUUUUGGGUGUGCUUAUGACCAACAAGGUCAACUUCUAGCCUCUCCGGCAAAGACAGAUGGGAUCCUUGGACUUAGCAGUGCAAAAAUUAGUCUUCCUUCUCAGUUAGCCAGUCAAGGAAUCAUCUCUAAUGUCAUUGGUCAUUGUAUUACCAGUGAACCGAAUGGUGGUGGCUAUAUGUUUCUAGGUGAUGAUUUUGUACCGGUAUGGGGAAUGACAUGGGUACCCGCUCGUAGUGGUCUUGUUAAUUUUUACUACACGGAGGUUCAGAAAGUAAAUUAUGGAGAUGUAACACUCAGCGCUGGUGGCCAGAAAAGCAAUUUGGUUCAAGUCAUCUUUGACAGCGGCAGCUCUUAUACCUUUUUCCCAAAUGAAGCAUACAAUAAUCUGAUUGCUUCUUUUAAAAAUCUUCCGAGUGGUCUUGCUCGAGAUGACUCUGAUCAAACACUUCCUGUGUGUUGGAGAGCUGAUUUUCCUGUCAGGUCUGUGAAAGAUGUGAAGCGGUUUUUCAAGCCCUUGACUCUACAGUUUAGAAAGAGAUGGUGGGUCAUGCCCACAACUUUCACUAUUCCUCCAGAAGGCUACUUACUUAUUAGUGGUGAAGGAAAUGUGUGCUUGGGAAUACUUAAUGGAAUGGAAAUUCACCAUGGCUCAACAAUUAUAAUAGGAGAUGUUUCUUUGCGUGGGAAGUUGGUCGUAUAUGAUAAUGUGCGGAACAAAAUCGGAUGGGCUCGCUCGGACUGUGCCAAACCACAAAAAACGAGCAGCUUUCCUUUCUUCUUCUGAGGUAAAAUUGUACCGAUAGAAACGAUAGUAAUUACUGUUAAAUGCGACGGAUCAUCGAGGGCUUACUCUGCUUGGUCACGACCUUUGCUGUUGGGUCUUUCUGGAAUAGAGGCAGGUAGGAUGCAUUCAACCACCUCAGGUUCGGAUUUGCGCAGAUUCAAUUUGUUGUACAGUAUGCAAGCAGAAAUCAGAACAAAAUGUCUCGAUGGUUCAAACUGUUUUUGUCUUAGUUUGGUGUGUUGUAUAUAAUAGCUACCGAUGAAUAUAGAAUACUCUGCUUCAGUACGAGGGGCAUGAUAAUUAUGUCAUAUAUUUUAAAGUCAACUGGGUGGGCAUUAAUCUGGUCUAAA